CACCCUCACCACCCCCUCACCCCCCUCACCACCCCCUCACCCUCACCUCACCCCCACAACCCUCUCGCCAUGUCGGCCAAACGGAAGCUCGACAACCCGGCAAACGACGACCACAACAACGACCACAACAACAACAACGACAUCAUCCCAGCAUUAGACGACAACAACGACAACAUCGACGAUGACCCCGCGGCGCCGCCACCGCCGCCGCCGCCUCCAUCGAAGCGCCGCCGCCGGCGACCCCGCCACACCAUCAGCAUGAGGACGAAGGUCGCCAUCAUCCGCUGGUGGGAGGGCGGUGGCACGGCCGCGGGCAUCGGCCGAGCGCUGGGCCUCAACCGCUCCACGAUCUACACCAUCAUGAGGGACCGGGCGCGGAUCGUCGAGCACGUGAGGGCCUCGGCGCCCGUCGAGUCGACGAUCAUCACCAAGAGGCGUAGCGGCGCUGGCGGCGUCGAGGAGAUGGAGAAGCGACUCGUGGCGUGGCUGGAGGAGCAGAGAUUCGGUGGUGGUGGUGGUAGUGAUGGCGGUGGUGAAGGUGUUGGUGGUGUUGGUGGUGGUGAUGGUGGAGCUGUCGUGGUGCCACUGAGCUUCAGGGCGAUCCAGAGGAAGGCGAGAAGCCUCUUCGAGGAGUUGACCGCUGCUCGCCUCGUCCACGACGACAUGGACGUCCACGACGUCGUGGACCGAGACGGAGGAGGCCGAGACGGCAGAGUGCCCCCGCCGUUCGUGGCGAGCCGCGGCUGGUUCGAUCGCUUCAAGGCGCGGGCGAAUCUGCAGAGCGUGAGGCUCUCCUGCGAUGGUCGAUGCUGCGGUGAUGAUGGUGGUGGUGAUGAUGGUGGUGGUGUUGUUGUUGGUGUUGAAGGCGGCUCGGGUGAAUUCCCCGAUCUGUUGGCGCACGUUGGUAGCAUGCGAGGCGGCGGUGGUGUUGGUGGUCGUGGUGGUGGAGGUCGUGGUGGUGGAGGUGGUCGUGGUGGAGGUCGCUGUUGUUCUCAGCGCCUCACUCUCUACGCCAUCGGCAAGCCGCCGGCGACGGCGAGGCUCGAGAUGGAUUCGGGCAUUGGGUUGCCCUUCAUCAAACAAGAAUACGAUGGAAAUCCAUUCGCCGUGAUGUCUUCUGACUUGACGGUGAAACGUGAACAUUCAGAUGUUGGAGCAGUGGCGACGCAAGAAGAUGAGGGGAGUCUGGGCACUGGGAUUUUGAGGAUUGUGGUGAAAACCGAAGUGGAGGAAGAUGCUGCAGAUCUGCAAAUUUUGAAAGUCGAAGGAUGCAGUGCGAGCGCAUGGGAGAAGGGGGAUUCCCUCGAAGGACGUCCGGACACUUCACACGAGAACUUCAUCAAGGUGGAGUUGCCGAAUGAGGACGUUGGUGAAGAAGGCGCAGUGCAGAAGAAUUCGGCAAAGUUCCGGGGGGUGGCGUCGCGGCCGCUCGCCAAACGGGGGCGCCGUCGCGUCGGAGACCCCAAGGGGCCACGCCGUUGCUCGCACUCCGCCACGGGCCGUUCGGCCGCAGCGACGGGCCGCUUGGCGCCAACUUACACGGACACUACGACGGCGACCGCUGCGGCACCGGCGGCGGCGGCGGCACUGACGGUACAGGCGGCGGCCGCCCCCCCUCGCUCGUCGAGGAGAAGGGCGAACUUCACGUCGGACGAGUUGGAGGCCCUCGUGCGCUGCGUCGGGGCCCACCUCAGCGACAUCGACCUUGUGCCCAACGGCCAGAGCACGCGCCACGCGAGGAAGGAGCGCGCGUGGCUGGACGUGGCCUCCGGCGUGAGCGCCGUGGGUCUCUGUCGAUCCGUGGCGGAGGUCAAGAAGAAGUGGUUCGACCUUAGGAGUCAAACGAAGAGGAAGGCGGCAGCUCUGAGACGGGAGGCCGCGGGCGCGGGCGGCCUUCUGCUCGCCGCCCUCCAACUCAGCCCCAUCGAGGAGAAGGUGGCCGCCAUGUUGGAGACGACCGAGGCCAUCCGGUGCCUUGCUCCUCGCAUGCUUGGUAACAAGCGUCCCGGUCUUACCAAGGCAGUCGCCACUAAAGUAGCUCCCCCAAGCCACGCAACCUCCACCGCCGCCAGUGACCAGGACAGCCGCUUGGCCGCCGCGCCGUUGACAUCCGUCCAGCCUCUGCGUCCGUCGAGCACCACCUUGCUCGAUCCUCUGGGCCCCGACGAAGAUCACGUUCCCGCCAACGACGACGGGCCUCCCGCGUGGACGGCCUGCCCCGGACGGCCCCCUCCCGGCGGCCCCGACGGCGUCGCCGAUGUCCCACCGAGUUCCCCGGAGCGUCACGGUGCCCCGCUCUCCAAAGGCCUCGCGGCUCCGUCGAAGCGGGCCUGCCGGGGUCGUCCACUCAGGGGCGGACGUGGCGGGCGCGGCGUGGGUGGCGGCAAGGGUGGCGGCGAACGUUGGGACCCCAACGACGGCGGCGGAAACGCGCGCCUCGUCCGGCUGAUGGAAGAGCAGACGGCGCUGCUGCGAGCCGCCGCGGACAAGCUGAGCAGGGGGCUGAGGACCAUCGAGGAAGACCUCAAGGGGUUGAGGAGCUUGGCCGAGUCUCAGGCAGCCCUGUGGAAGAACUGGCUGGAGGUGGGGCAGAGCGGUCGACCGUGACGCUGAGCAAGUCUCGCGCGCGCCCGCACGGGCCAACUCGUUCGUCGGCGAUUGCUCUCGCGUUUGACGUCGGUUGUGAGUUCUGUGCGUGCGGACAAGGACGCGGUUUAAAAAAAAAAAAAACUAGCGAAAAUUGCACGGAGUGUUCUUUGUCGGAAGGAGGAAGAUUUAAAAAAAAAAGGUCGUCAAAGUCGACCUCGCGAUUAUCAAAACACCGAAAUCUCACAAAUUCAAAUGCUCGUGACGAUUAUCUGAACCACCAGCCCUGGGCCCUCCACGAGGUUCCAACUACCAGACUCAAAAUGAGUAACCACCACCCCCCCUUUUGCCGUGUAAACAUUGCCACGAGGUAGACAAAGGUGGCGGCAGCCUUGAUCACUCCACUGUUAGAUUUUAAAAAAAGGACCUCUUUACCUCGCUACCUCACGCGAGAUUCAUCUCCAGUUGCACAACCGUAGCGGGUUGGCCGGGAGAAUUCCUACCGGAAUUGCCGUUCCAUCUCUUCCGCGGCGGGUAUUUUAAGGAAGCGAUCCUGGAGAUUUUUUUUGUAACGGGUUAUAGUUAACUAAAAUGUUAACUAAUCACAUCCGUCAACCCAUAUGGUUUGCCCGUAUUCUUGUACAGGAAAAUUUAGUUUUCAGUUCCAUACAGUGUACAGCCGUUUCAAUAUGGGCUAUUUUUUUUGUCUGUGUUUCUCUCUUGCGAUGGGACUGCAGGAUGAACAUUGAUAUUUAUAAGGGCACGGGGUGACCAAUAAGGUCUGAAUUGGUCUGUACUAAGGUACAGCACUGAUAAGGGAUUGACAAGUAUGCACAUAGAACCUUAGACCCAUAUACAGUGGUACCUCGGUAUACAUCGUUAAUUCGUUCCAGAAGGGGUAGGACUUAUACCGAAAAUGACGAAUACCAAACCGAAUUUUUCCAAUAAGAAAUAAAGGGGAAGGAAAUAA